AUGGCUGCCGCCGAACAACCUCAGGUCGAGAACCGUCCCCCGCCUUCACGGAUGAGAGUCGCCCUGGUGGUGCUCUUCCAUUCAUCAUGUGCUAUCUGGAGCACUAUUCUAUCCAAGUCGGCCCUCAAUGGUGUUGAGGCCCCCGUCACAUUGCUUGCUCUUCAGACAACGAUACAAGUAGUACUACUCACAAUUAUUGGAGUUGCUACAGGAUGGGUUAAGCUGAACAGACCACUAAAUGCUUGGAUUGCUCUUCUACCCCUCACGGUCGCACGUCUCAUUGGAAUCUUGGCCAAGACAUACUGCCUCGCCUCGGUCAACGCCUCCGUCUACCAGAUCGCCCGUGGUCUUCUACUACCAUUUACUCUCUUCCUGUCUCUGCUGGUUCUCCGACCUCGUCCUUACUACCCUCCCAUUUCUCUCGUUGGCUGCGCCAUGGUCAUGGCUGGUUUCGGAACUGGAAUGAUGGCCGACUACAGCCAGAUGCUUACCUCCGGCAAGGGUGUUCUCCUCGGUGUCGGAUCUAGUUUCACCACUGCCGUCGAGUCCGUUGUCGUCAAGCGAUUCCUCGGUAAGAGCCAGGAGGGUAUGUGGCAGAUGGUCUGGAUGUCCAACUGUAUGGCCAUCCUUUUCUACAUUCCUCUCUUCCCUCUUUCUGGAGAGAUGAGCACUAUGAGCAGCCUUUUCACUGUCGAGUCCAUGGAUGUCGCCCGCCAGUUCCUCAGCUCCGCCUGUUUGACUGGUGUCUCAGCCUUCCUCCUCACCAUCGCUACCUUUAUGCAAAUCGAGGUAACUAGCCCGACCACACACAUGAUUGUCACUGCCGCUCGAGGUGUCGCCCAGAGCUCUCUCGCCGUUGUUCUACUCGGUGAGGUGUUGACUGCCGACCGCGCUGGCAGCAUGGCUCUUAUUCUUGCCGGAAGUGCCCUCUACGGAUGGGCCCGAGACCGAUACCAGCAGGCCAAGAAGGCCGCUGGCAGCUACCAGCUUCUGCCUCGCGAAGAGGAGGGCCGAGCUGAGAUGAUGGACAGCAAGGAAGCCAAAGAUUUCAAGCAAUAAGAUCUUGACUUCCUCUUGCUGGUCAUGAGAUGAAAUAACAUAUACCAUUUCCUUUUUCUCUUAUUAUUCUUGGGUAUGGCGGGCUUCAUUCAUCAUGACGACAGGUGUUUGGAUGAUCUGGUUUUCGGCAUACUUUUGUUCAGAUUCUAUAUACCUUAGACAUAGAGACGAUUUACUAUGUAAUCUGGGGUAUCCAGUUUUAGCCCUUAUUUCUCUCCCUCAGCAGUGCGCAACGAGGGAGAGAAGCUUCAAGAUCAAAAAUAUACGUUAAUAU